AUGUUAAUAAUUGUAGUUUAUGGCACAUGUGGUACGCUGACGUUUUCAACGAGUGAUUUUACAUCCGAAAAUGUUGUAAAAAUCAAUCCUCGUUAUGGUAGAGUUAAUAAUCCAAAUGUUGCGCUCAAAGAUGAUUGUGCAUUACGAGCUUUUACUAUUGAAAUGGCUGGUUAUAUUGCACCUUCGUUUUGGAAAAAUAAAUGGAUAUCACUUAGUGAGAGUGCUUUUCAAAUGAAUGAAUGUAAUGAAACAAUGUAUCGUACCUAUCGAUUCUCGAAUACUCGUCCGCCAUUCAAGAUCAAAGAGGAACGAAAAACAGAUGCUUGUUAUCGCUCCGUAUUUGUCGAUGAUGAAACAGGUGAUGAUCUAUCGAAGGGAACAUUUGAUAAACCACUGAAAACUAUUCAAGCAGCUGUAUCAUUGACACGAAUUCUACGUAUUCUUCAUGGUAGUGAUAAUACUAUGUGCAUUGUUAUACGUGCAGGAACGUAUUAUCUUGGUACGAAUGCUACUUCAUCAAAUAGUCAACUUGGUGCUAUUGCAUUAACGAAUGAUGAUAGUAAUCUAAUAAUUCAAAAUUAUCAAAAUGAACGUGUCAUAUUAAGUGGUGGUACAUUAUUACAAUUGCAAUGGUCUGUUCAUGCAAGAACAGUCACUGGUGGUACAAUUAUGAAAGCUCAAAUACCAUCAUAUGUUAAACCCGAUCAGUUCAAUGAGUUAUAUAUUGAUGGAAAAAGAGCUAUUGUUGCUAAAUAUCCUAACGGUGAUCCAUCUACUCAAGGUUUAUAUGCUGCAAAUCCGGGAUUUUGUUUUGAAUGGCAAAAAUGGUGGGGUCCUAGUUCGAAUAAAAGUGUUGAAAUACAUGUACAAGAACCUAAUCGUAAUGGUACAGUAUUUACAAAUUAUCAACUUGGUAUUGGUGGUGGUGCUUCGGUUUUUGACCCACCUACUAAUUUUUGGAGUACAGCUUCGCCACCGGGAGGUGAUAAUUAUGUUACUACACGUGGUAUUACUGUAAAUAGAGGAACAUUACCUAAUAUUAAUAAUUGGACGAAGCCUACAAAUGGUUGGAUACAUACUUUUCAAGGCGAAUACUGGGGUAGUUGGAUAUUUGAAAUAGCAUCGGUGAACAGUACAGAAUAUACGAUUAUGUUUGGUCGAGGAGGAUUUCAAGAAGCACGAGGUUUAAGUUGGGGUGGUGCAUUUUAUGUUUCUAAUAUUUUUGAAGAACUCGAUUCACCAAACGAAUGGUUUCUAGAUAAAGAUACUCGUACGCUCUAUUUUAUGCCGAAUGAAACGAUGCCAAAGAUUUUCGUAGCUAGUCAAAUUCCUUGUCUUAUUUCUUUGCAUGGCAAUAAUAUCAACAGUCCUAUCCAGAAUGUACAAAUACAAGGUAUGAUAUUAUCGGAAACGACGAAUACAUAUAUGAGAGAAUAUAUGGUACCUGGUGGUGGCGAUUGGGCUGUUCAUCGAGGUGGCACUAUAUAUUUGAUGAAUACAAAAGAUAUUACUAUUACACAUAAUUUAUUUACUCAACUAGGUAGUAAUGGUAUAGCUGUAAUUGAUUACAACGAUAUUACUUCUAUUAUUAUGAAUGAAUUUGUAUGGUUAGCUGAUUCAGCUAUAAUACUUGUUGGUAGUACAAAUGGAAUCGAUGGUUUUAGUAUGGCUAGUCAACCUGUUAAUACACUUAUACAAUCGAAUUUAAUACAUGAAACUGGUAUCUAUGUUAAACAAUCAUCACCAAUAUUGAUUGCUGUUAGUAGAAGUGUAUCUGUCAUUGGUAAUCUAAUGUUUAAUAUACCGCGAGCAGCAAUCAAUAUUAAUGAUGGUUUCUAUGGUAAUCAUACACUUAGUUGGAAUGUUAUGUUUAAUACCGUAAGAGAAACAAGCGAUCAUGGACCUAUUAAUACAUGGGAUCGGCAACCAUUUUUAAGUGAUGCUAAACAAUCUGGCAUACCUUCACUCUGGCAACAUUAUAGUUAUAUUCAUCAUAAUACUAUCUUCAAUAAUUAUAAUGCCCUAUGGCCUAUUGAUCAUGAUGAUGGUAGUUGUUUCUAUGAAGAUAGUUAUAAUUUUCAUGUUUAUGGUGGCAAGAAAAAUUUCUUAGGUCAUUCAAAAACAGAUCAUCAUCAAAUUUAUGUAUAUUCAGAUAUGAAUAGAGGUGAUUUUGGUAGUAAUGUAUGUCUUGGUUUCUAUGCACCUCAGCGAGGUUACAGUGGUUGGAAUGAAGUUUGGAUUGAGAAUACUUGUAUACUUUACAAAAUACCAAUGCCUUAUAUUAUUGGAAAUUGUGAUACAACUGAUCUCUUAGUACCUUAUUUAGCAAAUAAUAAAAUAUAUAUUCCAAAUGGUACUGAAGUGAUAUUUACCUGUAACGUUAAUGGUACAAGUACAAAGCUUAAUUUAAAACAAUGGCAAUCAUAUGGAGUAGAUAUUAGUACUACUGUUUAUUCUACGCCCGAUGUUCAAAUAAUUAUUGAAUGGGGUCGUGAAAUGUUACAGAUGACCAUUGUUUAA